GACUAAUGGUAGCAAUGAAUUUAACUGACGGUCGAACUGGUCACCUAGAAUUCAAUGAAUACGGUGAUCGAAUAAAUCCGAUUUACGAUAUUGUAAAUGCUCAACUCAUUAACCAGAAUGUAAAUGAUCCUUCUUCACAAAAGUCGUUUGAAUUCGAAAGGCCAACACUAGUGUCCGUUGGAAGUUAUGGUGUACCUCAGACAACACCAAUGGAAUGGAUAUCUGAUGAAUUAUAUCCAUCAUUAUUAUCAAUUAAUAUGAGUAAAUUAAUCUGGCAGGAAAUAGUAUUGUUAAACGUCAACAAAUGGUUUGUAUUGAACGGACCAACGAUGGACAAUGUCAUAAGACAGAAAAACGACUUGUACACACUGCACCUAUCAGUUUUAAAAAGAAAACCCACUUGAAAGUUGUUACAAUUGAAAGUGUACCUUUCGUGCAUACUCGUCCAAAACUGAGUGAUAAGUGUAACGAGUCGGAUGAUCCUUUGGUUUUCAAAGCUGAGAUAGAAUGUAUGCAUACAGAUCCUGUAACUGGUGUUAAAAAGUCUUAUUGUUGUUAUGGCUAUUGCAUUGAUCUUCUUCGACUGUUGGCCAAUAGAACAGGAUUAGAACUAACCUCUACUCCAUUCACUUACGAUCUACAUUUAGUUGGGGAUGGUCAAAUUGGUGAUGUCGACGAGAAUGAAACGCAUAAAUGGACUGGUAUUAUCGGGGAAAUUUUAUCAGGUACAGCAGAUCUAGCUGUUGCCCCGGUGUCAAUUACACCUGAAAGAGCUGCACGAGUUGAAUUCACUAAACCAUUCAAAUAUCUAGGGAUUACUAUUCUGGUCAAACGAGAACGUGCUAGAUCAAAUCUUGGAUCAUUUCUACAACCUUUUGAAAGUUCACUAUGGGUAUUGGUAGCUUUAUCUGUGCACGUCGUAGCAUUUGUACUGUACUUGCUGGAUCGGUUUUCACCAUUUAGUCGAUCAAAUACUGACAGUGAUUCAUCUGCCGAUGAGAAUGGUAGCUAUUUAACUUUACAUCAGUUAGACUUCAAAAAGCAAACUAUUGACAGCAAUUCACUAUUACUAACAAAUUCAGCUGAAAACACUUCACAGCAAGAAGAAGGUAUGAAUUUGAGUGCUGCGGUUUAUUUUGCUUGGGGUGUUCUUUUAAACUCUGGCAUUGGUGAAGGUACUCCUCGAUCUUUUAGUGCUCGUGUUUUGGGUAUGGUUUGGGCGGGAUUCGCUAUGAUUAUUGUAGCCAGUUAUACAGCUAAUUUAGCUGCUUUCCUUGUUUUGGACAGACCAGAAGCAUCAAUUUCUGGAAUCGAUGAUGUUCGACUUCGUAAUCCUCAAAAAGACUUUUUAUUCGCUACUAUCCGUGGUAGCCCUGUGGAGAUGUACUUCAAAAGACAAGUGGAGUUCGCCACAAUGUAUCGUGUAAUGGAGACAAAUAAUUAUGAUUCUGUUGAAGAUGCGAUUCAGGCUAUUAAAUCUGGUUCUCUGAAAGCAUUUAUAUGGGAUUCUGCACGAUUGAACUAUGAAGUUUCCGUGGAUUGUGAACUGAUUACCGCAGGUGAAGUGUUUGGUCGCAACAGUUAUGGUUUAGUAAUGAAAAAACGGAAUCCCUGGCUGUAUGAACUGUCACAAGCUGUUUUAAACUUUCAUGAAAGAGGAAUAAUGGAGACUUUGGAUACAACAUGGAUUCAUAUAAAAUCGAAUAAUUGUGAAAGAACUGAAUCCAGCCCUGCAACAUUAGGCUUAACAAAUAUGGCUGGAGUAUUCAUUAUGAUUGGUAUGGGUUUAGUGGCUGGAGUUAUAUUGACAUUUGUUGAAGUUUUAUGCGUGAAACGUAAGGAUGAAAAAAGAAACGUAUGGAAUUGUCAACUGCUGCAUUACAACAAUGGCGUUGUACUAUGCAUAGACAUCAAAAUGAAAGGUCUUCGAAAGUGUUGGAUCAGCAAGCACAGUUAUGCUAUAACAAGAAAAUAUCUUCUCACUGUACAGAUAAACAGUCAAUGGAGGCAGUGGGACAUGAUCAAUUACAGUCUUCCAUAGAUCAUACAAAAAACACCAAAAAGAAUAAUGAUUAUGAUAAAUGUCAACCUGAUCCAUUAGUCAACCCGAUGGAAGAUCAAUGUGAUACACUACACGAUUGUUCACUAUCUAGUAGAGGAAACAUUAGUCGAAAACGUAAAGCCAGUGAUUUCAGUAGUGAAGAUAACGAGUUCGAUGAUGUGUCACCAUUCAAUUUCUUCACUGAAAACGAUUUAAACCAGUUCAAUGAAACUUCAGUAUGACCGCUUACCGUUGUAAUCCAGAAUCUAUGAACAUUGAUAUUGUCCACCAUAAUAAAAAUGCUGAUGCCAAGGUUACGAAGAGAAAAAAUUAUGUUCAUAAGUCUAUGAUUAUGAAAGGUACUUAUCCAAAUAUCAUUUCGAGUGUAUAAAAAUCUUGAAUCCCAGGCUGAAUGUUUAGUCUGUGCUAUAGAGAAAGGUGAUAAUACUGUCUUACUAUAAAGUAUUCAGUGUUUCUCAUUUGACAAUGUAGACAAAUGGAAAUAUAGAUUUCAUGAACUAUAUAAACAGAAGUUACCGAUAAGAUCUUGAUUUAAUUCUCAUAAUUUCAUUGCAUAAUGGAUAUUAUUGUUGUUACUGUUGUUCUUUCUUGUCGUCUUUCAACUAUUUUGUUCUAUUGUAGACGUCAGUAUUCUUCUUGUACUGAUUGUAGAUCAUCACAACUGGGCAAAGUUUGGAUGUCGCAAGUGUUGUAUUGGUUUGCCAAUUUAGAUAAAACAAACAAUAUGAACUAAGAAAUAUUAGUUCCUCAUCAAUAGCUCUACAUUGAUAUAGGGUUUUCAAAACGUAAAAUUACAUUCCAAUCUAGUGGUAUUCUACAGUCGGCCGAUGAUGACCACGCGAACUAAAGACAGACUACCUGACUUCUCCUCUUCUAGGUGCAUUUACCAGUUCAACUGCUUCUGUGGAGCUAGUUACAUUGAACGUACAGUUAGGUAAGUCCGUCUUCGAAUCGCCGAGCAUCAUCCUUUUUGACUAAGUGAGGGGCAAACCAAAUCGAUACGAAGCUCAAUACUCUCACAUCUGAUUGACACUGGCCACCAAGUUAAUAUUCAUAAUGCCUUUAAAGUUAUUUAUCUCAUUCCUUCUAAUCUCAUCCGUGCUCUACCAGUUCGUCUUUUACAUACAGCAGAAGCCAUGGGAAUCCACCUAAACAAGCUAAGUCUGUGUUCAGAAGAGAUUCUGUAUAGCUAUCUGUAUAGCUUAUUCAUUACAACAUGACCCUUCCUUUCAUUCACCCCAACAGAUGUUUUAACUAGUAUUUUAAUAGCUCUAUUAAUGUUAUGAUUAUUAUUAUAGCUUUAGCCAUCUUAUUCUCUCUCUACUGUCUCUAAUUACCUCAACAAUUUUCCACCUUACGUAACAAUUUAUUUUCGCACCUUAGCAACCAUUAUAUAAAUUGUCAAUUAUGUAGGAACCUCUUUAAAAUUUCAGAAAAUCUUUCUACUAUAAUUAUUCUUUGGCUAAUUGUCUUAAUUACCUGAUCAAUUAUCACCUUCUUGAUACUUUGAGAUUAAUAUAACACCUUUCAUUGAACAACUCUCACCACUAGAUUGGUAUGUAAUUUUACGUUUUGAAAGUGCUAUAUAUUAGUGUAGAGCCAUUGAUGAGGAACUAAUUGAAAAGAAAUAUUUCUUCACUCACAUUGUUUGUUUUACUAAAUGUCUAAAUGGGAAUUUUUGCAUUGAUUUAGAUAAAGCACUAACAUUAGAGUCAUUCAGCUGAACUUUGAAUAUUCUCCAUUAUCAUUAGAUGUGCAUUUAGAGUUAACCCUUAUGUUUAAAAGAAUAAUUUGGUUCAUUGAAAUUGCCAGUUCGUGUAAUUAAUUACUACUUAACAUUCUAACUAAGUGUAUCAUCUUCCUUUACGUUGUAAUAUUGUUACAAACGUCUAGUUCAUUGAUAUUUCAAGCUUCGUUUGAAAAAGAUUUUCUUGGUUCGUUUGGUUUUUUUGUUUUUAAGGGCAAACUCAUCAUCUCCUUUGAAAAAAUAUUUUUUUCUUUCGAUUUGUUUUCUCCUCGUGUUGUUUUAUAUGCUGCUGCUGAAGAUUUUCUUUCGACUUUGGGUUAUGGCAUUUACGACUUUCUUGGGGCGUUUGUUUAAAUUAUCUAUGUAAUAAUUUCUUGACUUUGAAUAUGAAACAAACUGUCUCUUUAGAUAAAGAAUAAAAGAGGAAACGGCUCUCCGUUUAAACGAAA